AUGGCUCGAAUCCCCGUUUUCACCAUUGCUAUACUACUCUUCUUCAUAGCUUCUUUUCAAGCCUCUUCUGCAACUUCCAAACCUACUGGUCUAAGCAUGAAGCUCAUCCGAAGGGACUUAUUGUUCCCUGGAAACCUCACUACAUUCCAAAGAAUAAGAAGAUUGGUGCAACUUUCAGUUAGAGCUCAAAAUUUUGAUUCUUUUCCGAGUCGAAAUCAAUCAGAGGAUAAUGUCCUAGUACGUUUACCUAUAGGUCGUGUUCCUGAGAGUUAUGCAUAUGUGGUCGAGUUUAAAAUCGGAAGCCAGUUCCAUCCGGUGAAGUUGCUGAUGGAUACAGGAAGCGAAAACAAUCGGUUCAGGUGUUAUAAUAACGAAUGUGUCUACAACAUACAAUAUGGUGCUACAUCUCGGCGUAAUUCAGCUAGAACCAAAGGUGUUGCAUCUUUCGAAGCAUUCCAGUUUCCUGUUGAUACCGUCCACACUACAGUGAUUAAUGAUAUGAUAUUCGGAUGCUCCAAUGACAACCCAAAUAUUGAUUUUGCAAAUGGUCAGAUUUCGGGAAUUCUAGGAUUAAGCAGGGGACCAGAUGGACUAGCAAGCCAAUUAGCCAAGAGAGGCAUCAUUGAGAAUCGAUUCUCAUAUUGCUUAGUCCCUUUCCAUGAUGUAUUGAGGCAACUCACUAUCCUAAGGUUCGGAGAUCAUAUCCCCCUACCUGUAGGAAAUCUUCAAUAUACCGACUUCAUACUGUACCCCGGUCGCAACCAUUACUACGUUGAAUUGUUAGAUAUCAGUGUCGGAUUCCAGAAAAAGGGGUUCGAGUCAAUACCUGGAAUGUUCGAGCUUAGGCAGGAUGGCUUAGGUGGUUCACUCAUAGACUCAGGGACUGUGGUUAGCACCAUUGAUGAAAACACCAUAGGACGCAAUGCAUACAAGGAAGUGAUGGCAGAGUUUCAAGCUUAUUAUGACAAGAAAAACUUCGGAAGAAAGGUCGGCCAAGUGGAAGAAAAGUUUGAGCUAUGUUACUAUAACAAGGCUGGUUUUAGAGACUUCGUGACAAUGACCCUACAUUUCGAAGGGGGGGACUAUUUCAUAGAUGGAAAAUAUAUGCACUACUUCGCCGACGAGGAAGAGGAAGGGGAAGGGUAUUUUUGUGUGGCAUUGUUUAAAUCAUCAAAAACUAUAUUAGGAGCAUGGCAGCAACAAAACAUGCGUAUCAUUUAUGAUAUGAACGGUGGUGGAUUCCAAUGGAUUACCGAGACCUGUGCUAAUGAUCAUUUCCCAUGA